AUGCCGCGCCACCGCUCAAUAUCCCCUAUUCCUAAUGCUCCGCACACCUCUCGCCAGAUUGGCCGCCAGGCUUGGAGCGACGAGGAGGAGCAGAUCUGGCGCGAGGCCGUCGUGGCCGUUCUGCGCGCCCACCUCCUCGCGACUGUUCGCGCCGAUGGCCGCCUCGCCCAUCGUAAUGGCAGCCUUGGCGCUCAUCUUAAUGCCUAUAUUCGCAAGCUUUAG